AUGAGAACUCUCUAUAGGUUGAAGUUGAUGAGUUCUCCAAGUCUUUGCGACCUGGGCAAGAGCGAGAAGGCAGCAUUGGAGGAGAGAGGUACACAGCAGCGCAAGGCUGGGGCCAACGCCACCUGGAACAGCAUCCACAAUGCGGUGAUUGCUGUGUUCCAGAGGAAGGACCUUGGCGACAAUGAGCUGUACACUCUCAAUGAGGGUGUAAGGCAGCUACUGAAGACAGAGCUAGGCUCAUUCUUCACUGAAUACCUUCAGAAUCAGCUCCUCACAAAAGGAAUGGUUAUACUGCGGGACAAAAUACGGUUCUAUGAAGGUCAAAAGCUUCUGGACUCUCUGGCCGAGACCUGGGACUUCUUCUUUUGUGAUGUCCUGUCGAUGCUUCAGGCCAUUUUCUACCCUGUACAGGGGAAGGAACCGUCUGUAAGACAGCUUGCUCUGCUGCAUUUCCGUAAUAUUAUCACUCUGAAUAUUAAACUAGAGGAUGCCCUGUCGCGACCCCGUGCACGUGUUCCCCCAUCCAUCAUCCAAAUGCUGCUCAUACUGCAGGGUGUUCAUGAGACCAAAGGGGUGAGUGAUGAUUAUCUGAAGUUGGAGUCUCUGAUCCAGAAAGUGGUUUCUCCAUACCUGGGCACUCAUGGCCUCUUUUCCAGUGAUGGUUCUAUAUCACAGUCCUCCUGUGUGCUUGAGAAGCGUUUGCUACGGCGCUGGCCUAAGGCUGGUGAUCCUCCAGCCAAAAACCCUGUGGUUCGCUCCAAGAGCUAUAACAUCCCCAUGUUGACCCCUGUGGUAGAGUACGACUCUGACGCGGGCUCUGUGGGUAGCGUGGGGAUUCGCCGCCACUCCGUCUGUGAAAUGACCUCCUGUCUGGAGGAGCCAGCCUUCUCUGAGGUGAACUCCUCCUCAACCAGUCCUGACACAGACGUAAACUCCCAGCUUACCCCUGCCCAGACAGGGCUGCCCUUCAAACCACAGACUGAGGGUGACGGUGGAAGGCAGGCAGAAGGCCACUCUCCACUCCCUUCUCCCUCCAUCCUCCCCGAACCCUCCACGGGCCCCUUCCACUCAGAAAGCGGCAGAGAAUCCCCCAGUGAACUGGGCCAGGAUGUCUCCUCCCUUCACAGCUGCUCCUCCAGCCCAGAAACCAUAGUGGACCAGAUUCUGGAGUCACUGGACUCUGAUCCCGAGGGAAUCUUCAUAGAAUUCCCUCGCCGCUGCUCGGACUCGUCAACGUUCAGCAGAGAGAGCGGCAGACAGAGCGUAGCGUAGAGGAACGAUCAGAGCCCCUCACGCAAACUGCCCGUUAACCAACC